UGUUACACUGUGCGCUUCGUAUGCGCGCUUCCCCGUGCUUUUCUCCCUCGUAACGGCGACGUGCUGCGAGGUCCGAGAACUCCGCGAAAAGCGAGCGUUUCCUUCCGCUUCACGCGACGUUCGCCGACAUCUCGUCCUGCCUCUCCUUUCUAUCUCUUUCUCGUCUUUUUAUCACUACCGUAAAUCUUGUUCUUUCGUUGACCAGCGGCGACGAUCGCCGCGAAGUUUGCCGCCGUCGGCAGACGGUGCGUUCUCGUCCGUUCGACCGUCCCGUUCGCGUCGGCGAAGGAAAGAGGAAGGCGACAGGAAGUCGUAAGGGUUAAAGGGAGAAAACGGAGCAACGACACGGAGACGACGAUCGACGCUGUCGCCGCCCUCGCUGUUAUCGUUCGAUGUGUGAAAAGUGUGCGAGUCCGCGAGAACGCGACGCCGAAAGUAUCGAUAGCGUAACGUGUUGAACGUUGCCGCGGAAGGAACGCGCGGCAGUUUCAUUCCGAACGGGGUAACGCGAGAACGCUCGCGCGUGUCCCGAUCGUCGUCGUUCGCACAUACCGCGUUACAAUUGAGAUCGCGGCAUUGAAAUCGGAAGUAAUCGUGCACGCGGAGUGGUGAGAGUCGAUCGCAGAAAUCAAGGGUCAAAAUUAAACGUUAUUGAAGCGAGAUCGAGCGCGCGAUAACGAGGCGGGGCGAAGAUGCAUUCCAGAUGGACGAUGACGCCGCGACGUCUGUAACGGUCGCCGCCGUCGGUUGGGUAAGAACGUCUCGCCGUAUUUACUAUUUAUCGUCCCUCCACGCGAAAGUCCGCCGCCGCGAUCCGCGCGCGACGGUGUAUCGACGUGAAUCGCGCGGGUUAUGACGCGCCGCGACGCUUAGGGACGCUCGACAAGCGCUCGUAACCGGAGCCCCGGGUAGCCGCGAGUGCGUGCGUGCGUGCGUGCGUGCGUGCGCGACGACAGCGACAGAGAUGGAGAACGACCCGGCGGCCAAGUCCUGGCCGUCGGGCCCGGGGACGGGCAAGGGAUCAUCGCCGUCCUGCCUGGAGGCGUCGAUGCCGCGGAAGUUCCGCGACGGGGACCUCCGUGCGGGGACCGCGGGCCUCAAUUGGGCGCUGUGCGCCCUCUGCCUCGCCAGCUUCGCCGUGUCCGGCGUGCUCUUCUAUCGCGAGCUCGGCCUCGAGUCCAGGAUCGCGAGUCUAGAAGCACGCUGUAUGCGCGUCCAGGAACCCUCGUCGCCGGUGGAAGCCCUGGUGCAGAGGCUUAAGGCGGAGAUGCAGGAGCAACUGCGGCAGACGCAACGGCUCGAUUCCACCGCGGUCUUCAGGCCCAAACGCGACAUCUCCGAGUGUAAUUGUCCCCCAGGUCCACCCGGUGAGCCGGGUCCACCCGGAAAGAGGGGCAAGAAAGGGAAGAAGGGCGAUCCCGGGGAGCCCGGUGCGCCGGGUGUGGCCGGGACGCCGGGCAAGAACGGUUUUCCGGGACCCAUCGGCUUGGACGGGCCCAAAGGUGAUCCGGGCCGACCCGGCGACAAAGGACAGAAGGGCGAGCUGGGCAGCCCCGGAUUCGACGUCUUGUCCGCAGUAAAGGUCAAUGCACAGGGAUUGGGGUUAAAGAGGUCGGUGACGACGCUCCGCGGCGGGACGCUCGGCUACGCGGAAAUCGUCGCCCUCAAGGGAGAACCGGGUGAACCCGGGCCGCCGGGACCACCCGGUCCGCCAGGAGCCGAGGGUCUUCCUGGACAUGAGGGCAGACAGGGGAUUCCGGGCGAGGUUGGCGCACCAGGGGAGAAGGGCCCGCCCGGGCCGAUUGGGCCCAUCGGCCCGACGGGCACGUCAGGACUUGCAGGUCCCAAGGGUGACAGGGGUGAUAAGGGCGAUCGGGGCUUCACGACGACCUUAAAGGGUGAGCAGUUUCCAAGUGGAGUAUUUGAAGGCCCACCUGGUCCACCAGGACCACCUGGGUCUCCGGGCGAGAAGGGAGAACUGGGCCCGACAGGACCGCCCGGCCUACCCGGCGAGAAGGGUACUCGGGGAAAGCAAGGGAAGAGGGGUUUCAAGGGUGAGAGCGGUUUGGCAUUGGCGAGGGGUGCCCCCGGCCUGCCGGGUCCGAAGGGUGAGCCCGGCGAACGGGGUUACUGGGGCGAAAAGGGCGCCAUGGGAGACGCGGGUUUACCAGGGCCCAAGGGAGAGAUGGGACUGCAGGGCUUGCAGGGGCUCAAUGGAACCGACGGCGAUCCUGGUAUCCAAGGACCCCCCGGAUUACCGGGAAUAUCCGGACCUAAAGGUGAAAAGGGCGACUACGGCGAUAUUGGUCCCCCCGGCCUUAUGGGACCUCCGGGUCUACCCGGUCCACCGGGCUAUCCUGGGCUGAAAGGCGAAAAGGGAGAGAAAGGCGAAUCGAAGUACAAAAAGCUCAGGCGAAGACAGGGAGACGGCACGUUCGAGAUGAACGCCGGGGAAGUGAUAAUGGGCCCGCCGGGACCCCCAGGACCCGCUGGUACCCCCGGACUGCAGGGCCCACCUGGAAUCAAGGGUGACAGAGGACACGAUGGCGCCAAGGGCGAUCCUGGAGAAAAGGGUGCCAAAGGGGAUCCUGGUCCGAUGGGACUACCCGGCCCCAUGGGACUGAGGGGAGAGUCCGGAAAGCCCGGGGAUUCCGGGAAACCUGGUGCCAUGGUAAGAACGCGGACCUCCCGCUCCUAACGUCAUCGUAACUUGGCGUCGCCGCCGCGGAAUUCGCUGAUAAGCCGAUAACGUUUACAGGCGUGGAAUAGAUUCGUCGAGCGAUUCGAUGUCUAAUGUUGGCGACUACAAGAACGCGGAAGGGACGUCUUCCAGGGUAUCAAAACUCGUCAAAGAGUUGGCCACACGAAGUGAAAAUUACGCCAAUCGGCGAUAUCGGAAUGAAGCUGUAUAUGUCCGGUUAUUACCUAAAAUUAUUUUAGAAGACGGAUUCUUUGACGAAUUUUUAAAGGCAUAUUUUCUAAAGACGUAUUCUCUAAUUAAAUUGCCUGAAAUUAUUGGUUGAGAAAGAAAUUCCGAUUCGUCAAAAAAUUCGUUGCUAAAAUAUAUUCUUCUCGAGAUCAUCCCUGUAUGUUCGAUGUCGUGUAUACCGCGGAGCCGCUUAUUCUGCAAAGAGUUUAAACCAGAUUCGGUGAAAUAACGUUAAUGAAUUAAUUAAUUCGCGGGCAAAGAGACCGCGAUAUCACGUGUUCGCUUUAACGAAAUCCAUGAGAUUUGGUUCAUGCCACUUUCAAAGUAAGCUGCUCGCUCUCGGUUCACGCGUUAACGCAUCGCUACCAUCCGUCCUCUUAACUUACUCUACGUGUCGGCUUGAUAAGCAAGCCGCUCGCGCCGACCGUCGAGAACAGAUUCUCGAUCGCAGACACGAGUACUCAAGAGUUUGGUGGAUCUAAAAAAGAUCCGAACUUCGCCGUCCCGCUAAAUUUUGUGUCAUCAGCGUAUACGAAAAGAAGCGUACGGACGCCGUUUCUCCGAACGAGUCAUUAGUGUAAGCAUGUAAGAACUUCUCGAUCUUAUCGAAUUAAAUGCGAAAACGGUGCUUUAGUUAUCGCACUAUUGCAGCAUAACGGAGUGAAGUAUACGACAUUAUUUCAUCGCAUUAUAUGUACGAAAUAUAUUCGUAUACUUGAUAAUUUCGCGAUAUUUUAUCCUCUCGAAUCGCAUAAAUUUGCGUAGUACGUUUCGCAUAGAACUUGAGGAGCGUGCUUUUUAUUUAGAGCUCAAUUUUUAUUUAAAAUAAACUAUUUUUUACAAACGUGUGAUAAGUUAGAAGAAAGAACAAAAUUAGAUGAAGGCGCAGUUUUACCGAUCUAGAAGUGUCGAAAAGUAGAAGUUUAAUUUUCGUCCAAACUAAUUUGACGAGUCUUGAGAAACAAUUUUCAGUCUGUCCCUUGUCUGGUAAAAUCUACUUUUCCGUUGUGCCUCUCUUGAGAAUAAUUCAGUCGGCUUGUACUUAACGAAAGCUCGCUCUCGCAGCAUUGCCGGCACCUAAUAAUAACCCAGCCAUUUAUCAUGAUUCCUCUUCGUUCUACAUUUCUUCGUAGCAUUCCAGUCGCAUUUCACGAAUCAUCAAGAAUUCCGCACGGUUACAAGGGAAGGGAAAUUCUGUAAGAUAUAUUGAUGAAGGGGAAAAAAGGAGGAAAAUAGCAGAAGGGGAUAAAAAUUAAGACUCCCGAUCACAUCGCUAUUGUACUAAAUUGUGACGUCAAAAGCGAGAAAUCGGAUGUGAUCCUUUCUCUUGCGGUAGAAGUUAAAGCACAAAUAUAAAAACAAGAUUCAUAUCGAGGUAUAGGUAUCGCGUUGAACAUUUUCCUGAUUACUCGUUACUGGCGUCAGGAUGGCUUCAUCAGGAACAUCGAUAACGUCUCUCAUCUUCCAACACUGCUCGAUCAGAACGCGAACGUUGAUAAAAACGUGUUGAUUGACAAUUAAAUUCGCUAAAAGCGGCUUCUCGCGCAGAAUACAGCUGGAUGCGUUUUAAAUCAUCGCUUGCACAAAGCUUGCAUAAAGAAGCAGCAGUCGAGGCGUGGCAGAGCGGAAGAGGGAGAACCGAUGGGCAAGUGUCGGUGUAUUCCGGCUCCCUUUACAUUCGGCAAGCACCUUUUACGAGAGUCGUGGGAAACGUCGGUGAUAUCGCGCGUGAGCAUCGGUCGCGGGAAAAUUUCAUGUUCGCCGAACAGUAGUAAAACCGUUUCCGAGACCGGUCGCCACGAAUAACAAGUAGGAAGUACACCUCGUACCUCUCUCUCCCUCUCUCUCUGCCUGCUCUUUCGGCUUUUCCGCUCUAUCCCGUCGGGUGCACUAACGUGCUAUCGAUAGUUCGCGAUAUUUUCCUGCGGAACUCUAACGUAGCUGAGAAACACAAGUGCGUGACGUUUUCAUCAAUAAUAAAGUCGAUACGAUAUGCUCUUUGACGAUAUAAACUAAACGUCAACUACAUAAACGCUUGGUGGACGCGAUUUAACGUUUACGAUAGUCAAUAAUUUCGACAAGCGUUUCUCGGCGACGUGGUCGACAAAUUCGGAGUUAACCGAUCUUUGUUCUUUUACAAAAGUGUUUUGCGAAUGCUGACAGAAAUGUGGAAGGGUUUCGAUAUCGUGAGUUACGAUUCUCGCGUCAGCUCGGGAAUAUCGCACGAUUUACACGCAAGAUGUAAUUACCGGUAGAUGAUCACUCGGCCUAAGAAGGAUCUUAUUCGAAGUACAACGAGAUGCUCUAUUCAAGCAUCUUUAAAGACGAUCUCGAUAUAUAGGAAAGUCGAAAGUACUACUUCCUGUGAAAGAUCUGCGAUUGGUGUGCGGCUCUGAUCGCACGGAAAUUGAUUUACUCAAAAUUGUCCCUUCAAUUUUAAAAUCCUAGAAAUACAAUAGAUUGCAAGAAUCGUCUCGUCCGCUGGAAUUAAUAACAAUUUUUUCACAGAAAUUAAUUUUUACACAAGAAUUGAUAACAAUUAAUUGUAUUCAAUUCGUGUCGAAAAAUACUGUUAUAUAUCAAGCCGCAGCACUUCGAGUCGUUUAAAUCAACUUCCGCGUUAAUCGAUCGCACACCAUCCUCGACGUCUAAAAAUACAAAGGGCAAGAAGAAUCGCGAGAAUGUACAGUGUAGAAUAUACGGUGCUCUCGGCGCGCCGUCACAAUCAAUGUACCGUAUAUCACGGACUAUAUGAGCGGACUACUUCUAACACACACCCUGUGUACACCCCGAUAAAUUAACGCAGAUUUAGUCUUAAGAGGAUAAACUGGACGAGAGAGACUGCGCGAGAGAGCGAAACGAAGCUCCGCCGGACUCCACGCCGACGAUCCCUAUCCGGCGGCAAUUCUCCUGUGCGUGUAAAGUUUAUGACGCCCACAUAUACAUAUUUAAUACACGAGCACGAACACGUCAUAUAUGUAUACAAACGCUCACACAUACACGCGCGACACACGUGCAUAUACACGAAGGAACGUAUGCGUGAAACGAGAAACGCAGUCGCGUCGAGAUGCGCAAGUCGAAAGAUGUAUAUAAAUAUACAGCGAUUCUCAAUCCUAUUGACGAAUGCAUGAUUUCUUCGGGAUGCCAAAACGGAGUUUUUCAGUUUCAUUAGGUACUCUUGCCUGCGUGAGUAUCUCGUUAUCAACGGUGAGGAAGCUGGAGUGUAAAUCGAUAUAGAAACGUUUGUAAUUAUCGAUUCUGUAUGACGAGGAUAUCUACGUUUGUUUUAAGUCGAUUCGAUAUACAGUCCCAUUCUCGCCGAAAUUUCAGUAACGGGGUACUCGCGAGUGAGAGUACCCAUUAAAAAGUUCCGUUUUAGUGCGCUGGAUGAAUCACGAAAGUUCGUCGAUGAAACUCGAGAACGCGCUGUAUACUCAUUUGUAUGUGUAUGUCUGUAAAUGUAAGUACAAGUAAAAGGUGCAUAUACACACGUAACUGCGUGUCGUGUGCAGGUAUAUACACACACACACACACACACACACACAGGCUGUCAACGUCGUGUCGAAGGCCUCUUGCUAUACGGAUUCGUUGACGAACCCGAAAAUCGAACCCUCUUCCUCGUAACGAAAAUUUUGACUUAAUCUAAUUAGGAUAAUUCCCGACGUCCGAGAUUAAAGGAUUUUCCUCGAAUUAUAAAACUGUACUCCGAGAUGCGAGAGCAGCUAAUUUUUCAGCUAAUUUAAAACGAGUUUUGCCUUAACGAAAAUUUCAACUUUACUUGUCAAAUAUUUGAUCUUUUCGCCUGAGCGAAAGUCGACUGCGCGCGGAAGAACCCAUAAUUGGAGGAAUGUUUCAGUAGACACAGGAGACACUCUGUGUGCAUAUAUAUAUACAUAUAUAUAUGUAUAUAUACGUAUAUAUAAGUAUAUGUACACACGAAUCCCCAGGCGUGUGUGUGCGUGCGUUAAUUGUUAAGGCGGCGUUCCUCUUAAGCCGAUCAACUUAAGGCGACCUAAUUGAAUGCGUAUGUGAAUACUGACUCUAACAGCAGUUUUGUUUUACAUUGUCCCGAUUAAUAAACAGAAUGUGCAUGUGCCUGUGUCCUUUGCUUCUAAAACUGCCUACCAAAUUAAUGCUUUCACACACGAUAAUCCAGUAACAUAAUCAGAUAUCUUUGCUUCUUUGCAUUGUGCUCCGAAAUGUUUUGCGAUCCGGGCCAAUCCGGAUAACGAGAUUCUCUGCUCACUUUCGUUCUUCCGUUCUCUCUAUGUAUUUGCAAGUUGUUGCAAGUUGCAAUGGAAAACGAUUAAAGACAAGGAGAAAAGGAACAACCAAAAAUUAACACGUGUUAAUUUGCUGCGACCACGACGGUGGCGUUAAUCGGCGGAUCAUUCAGACCGGCGAUUAAUCUUGCUACCUUAGAAAUAAGAUCGAAAAGAAGAAAAAAAAAA